AUGGGGAUUAACGCACAUGGUGGAUGUGUCAAUGAUAUUGCGUUCUAUAGUUUUGACAAAUACAUCAGGAAAUCCGAACACCGUUUCAAGAUCCUUGCUACCACCAGCGAGGGUAGUGAACAUUACCGGGAACCUCAGUUGUUAGACGGGACCCGUGCACCUGGUCCGAAAGUGAAUACUCAUCCGUGGAAUCAGUUGUUAGGGUUUGGGAGAGACAGAGAGAGCGGUGACUAUAAACUUGUCCGGUUAUUAGUUAAUAUGGGCUGGGAGACUUGGACGGUAUGCACACAGUGCGAGUUGUUUUCGCUCAAGACUCGGGAGUGGAGAUACGUAGGCCAAGUCCCUGUGCCUUGCUUUGCCUGCCAACCUUCAGCCAGCGUUAACGGAUCCAUCUAUUGGUUCACCGCUUACGUGUGGGAGACGGAGGCAUCAGAGUAUUCAACAGAGGCCAAGAUCGUAGCGUUCGAUCUUCACACACAGAGCUUCCGCGCGGUCCCUCACCCUCGUGAUUUCUGUGUUACGAAGCCCUCAUUCAGAAUCCAGCUCAUGAACCUUAGGGAUCAACGGUGGAUUGUAGAGCAAAGCCAUUGUCCUCGUCCUCAUCCCAGAGUGGUCCUGGAUUGGAGCGAGAUUAAAGCCAGAUUGUUCUUGGAUUAUGAUCAGAGUUUGGACAUGUGGAGGAUGGACAGAAAAGGAGCCGCAUGGGACAAGAUUUAUUCCAUUGAUCUAAACAUCUUUCGAGUGGCGUGUAUGGAGAUAGUUACUCCAGUUGAAGUCUACAGCUACGGAAAGGUGUUGAUCAAAGGUAAGAGCUUGGGGUCCUUGAUAAAGCACCCUAGUGACAAAUUGCGUUUGCAGGAAAGGUUUCUCAAAUACGAUGCUCUUAUUCAAACUUUGCUUCCCACCGCCAUUCAACCUUUUGGCCUUGCUCCCAACUUCCACAGUUACCUCCUUGCUACCUACCACCAAUCUCUCUUCCCUCUUUCUUAA